AUCAUCCGUUCCGUUUAACGAACAAGUUGCUAGCAAAUUAAGUCUAUUUAAAAUGAAGUCGUUGUUCUGUUUUGCUGUAAUUGUUGCCGCGUUCGGCACAUUGGCUUUUCCAUCAGAUGUUGACGAGAAAUACGUGUGGGUUCGCGUUCCAAAAACUUACUUGACAAAUAUUGAUGCCGAAAUUCAGCCAUUGGAUCACAUUCGAAGUCGUCGCUCACCAGAAGAUGAUCGUACCAAAAUAUAUGCUGAAGGCAACCAUAAUCGCAAAGCUGGAACGAAUGUCUACGUGCAAGGUGAACAACGCGUAUGGCAAAGUCCAAACAAAUUGAACGAGGUGCAUGUCAACGGUAAUUACGGUCAGCAUUUCGGUGGGCCCGGAGGACGUUCACCACCUUCAUUUGGCGGUGGUGUAACUUACACACGCAGAUUUUAAGCAAAAAAAACUUGAAAAUUAACAUUUUUAAACACCAACAGAAAUUAUCUUGAGAAUUCCGCUAACAAUUAUCACUUUUUAUAUAUGAAUAUUAGAAAUUUGCUUCAAUAAAAUGAAUAAAAGUUAUAAAACGUA